CCUGGAUCGGACCAGCUAAAUCGAAAAUGCCAAUUCCUGGGGAGAUGCUUUUUCUUUCCUUGUCAUUGCUCCGCCAUUUGCUUAGUCUCGACUCGGCAUUUGAUCGCUAAUUGACAUUGUGUGGUUACAUCCGGUCAUUAACGAUGCCGGUUUCCGAGUCAAGCGUGGUCUCGGGUCUGGACGAUGCCCUGGUCUGGAUCGAUUGUGAGAUGACCGGCUUGAAUCCCGAUACCGAGGAGAUUCUCGAAAUCUACUGCAUUCUCACGACGGCAAACCUCGACAUCAUCGACGCCGACGGUUACCACGCCGUCAUCCACUGGCCGGCCUCUCGCCUGGACCAGAUGGACGAGUGGUGCACAAACACCCACGGCAAGUCAGGACUCACAGCUGCCGUGAUAGCAUCAGAGACAACCCCGGAGCAGGCUGCCGAGGGCCUCUAUCAGUACAUCACGAAGUUCAUCCCCAGGUCUCGAACGGCGCUGCUGGCCGGCAACAGCGUGCACGCCGACAGGGCCUUUCUGCGAAAAGAUCCAUACGGCAAAGUUAUGGAGCAUCUGCACUACCGCAUCCUGGACGUUAGUGCCAUAAAGGAGGCUGCUCGGCGGUGGAGCCCGCCACAGGUUCUUUCGCGGGCGCCGGCUAAGAAGGGGAGCCAUAAGGCUAGGGAUGACAUCUUGGAGAGCAUUGAGGAGGCGAGAUAUUACAAGGAGGCCAUCUUUGGCCGUAGAUGAUGACGGACGGCAGCCAUUGGGCAUUGAAGAUGAAUCUGGCGCAAAAAUAUCGCGUGCAAAGUGCAUUGGAAUAGCUUCUUCAGCAAUAUAUAGAAUGCGACGCUCGACGUCAUCAGCAGCCCAAUUUACUUGCUCCAUCUGCC